CCUGAAACCACCAGAGAUAGUGGAAAUUGGACAGGACAAGAACAUUAUGGAAGCAAACAAGGAUUUGUUGCAUGAUGACAUUCUGAUGCCACAGGGAACACAAAGGAGUUCCAUUAAUAAUGUGGACGCAUUAUGGCCAUCCCCAGUUCCAUAUGUUUUGGACCAAAGCCUUGAGAUGAAUGCUAAAGGAGUCGUUCUAAAAGCCUUGGACCAGUUCAGGCUGAAGUCAUGCAUUGACUUCAAACCAAGGGACUCUGAGGAGUAUUACAUUUCUGUCCAAAAAGAUGAUGGAUGUUAUUCAUAUAUUGGGCGAGUACUACCAAACGGACAGGUCCUCUCCAUCGGCCACUACUGUGACACCCUUUCCAUUGCUGAACAUGAGUUUCUUCAUGCUCUUGGCUUCUUCCAUGAACAGUCCAGAUAUGACAGAGAUGAUUACGUGACGAUUGUACCUGAGAACAUCAUAGAAGGAUUUGAGAGAAAUUUUAGAAAAGCAAGCGCAGAAGACAGCACCACCCACGGAGUCCCAUAUGACUACUGGUCAGUGAUGCACUAUGGAGCAGAUUCUUUCAGUAAUGGCAAUGGGUCUACAAUUAUCACCAAGGACCCAAAAUUCCAGAAUGUGAUUGGUCAGAGACUGGAAGUGAGUUCCAGUGAUGUUCGGGAGCUGAAUCUCCUCUACAGAUGCAACUCCACCAUUGCAUUUAAGAUGUACUGUGGAUUUACCAAUGGGACCAUGUGUCAAAUGGAUCGCUGUUCACGAAGUGACAUUGAAUGGGAGAUGGCAACACACAUUGCCAGUGGUCCUAUGUCUGACCACACCGGUGGCAGUGAACAUGGUCAAGAUGAAGGUUACUUCAUGCAUGCUAGCACAACAUUAGGUAAGGAGGGAGACUCAGCUACGCUGCAGACCAAGAGGAUGAGACCCAGCCGGGACUGUCACAUCCAGUGUCUCCAAUUCUACUACUAUCACAACGGGAACGAGUCAGACGAACUUAACAUCUGGAUCAGAGAGUUUCAAGAUGAACAUGACUUCACAGGAAAGGUCCGCCUCAUGGGACAGAUCACUGGUCCACCAACAUCUCAUUGGCAGCUCCAACAUGUUUCCCUGGAUGCCACCAAGCACUUCCAGGUGGAGUUUGUGGUUCGGAAAGGAGCAGGAAGCUCUGUAGGCGGCUUCUCAAUCGAUGACAUCAAUCUGUCCGAGAUCGAAUGUCCACACGUUACCUUGCAGAUUGAUGAUUUUGAGAAGCUUUUGAACACUAUUGAUUAUGGAACCACUAUAUACAGCCCACGGCAGUACUCCAGAGGGGGGUAUGCUUACCGGGUAGGGGCAAUACUGUACGAGACAUUUUUCGGAGUGUUUGUGCAACUGUUGUCUGGUAAAUAUGAUGAUGAGCUGGAGUGGCCCUGCCCACAUAGGCAAGUGACUUUCCAGAUCCGAGAUCAGAACCCCAACAUCCAGCUGCAGAUGUCAAAGCAAACAAGUAUCACCAGUGACCCAAGCGCCACCAAUUACAAUGGAACCUAUGUCUGGGACGAUCCCCGUAAGAAUGGCACCCAAUUUGUAGAUGAGAAUAAUGAGACUGUCUAUGCAAGCAAACUGAUUGGCAGACACUACUUUGCAUCUUUGGAAGACAUUCAAUACAGAGACUUCCUCAAGGGAGGGAGUGCCAUUUUCGUCUUCAGCUUCCAAGAUCUCACUCCUCUCAUUAAUGGAAGUGCUCUACCAUGUCCUGAAGUGGGAUCGGUGAAGUUAAGACAUCUUCGCAAAGAGCAAGAUGAUGGCCCAUGCUCUCCACAGAUCGCAACCACCACACCUCCAAAUCCUGAAACAAGAGAUCCCAGCAUUUUUGGCUUCUCUCCUGCUAUGGUGUCCUCCCCAGUCCUCACCCUCCUGCCAGCUCUGAUGCUUUUGGCACGUUGAUAAUUCAGGCUGGAAAAGUCAGACUUGUCCCUGCACAGAGGAUGCUGAAUAUUAAGUGCAAUAACAUGUGAGAAUCAAAGAAUGCAAUAUGGUUUGGUGGUGGGAGCAUGUUUUGGGCAGCAUUUUGAUUAUCUAUUCUUGAAAAUGUUUUCACUAUUUUGUGGGAUUUCAUACAAUAUCAUAUUUCUUUGAAACAAAUUAAUCAUUCACACACAGUUUUUGUGUCAACCGUAUGGGGUCUGAAAUAAAUAAAACAGCUUA